UAUUUUUCGUGUUCGCAGAUGUCGUGAUAGUGUCACCGCACCGCAGGUGGUCUUAAGAAAAAUGCAAAGUGCUCAAGUGAUAUCGGCCCCUCCGGUGGGUUGUCCGAACCCGCGUUUUGUACAAGUACUGAUCGACAUGCGCGAUGAAGAAAAGAGUCUUUCGUCCCGGAAGAGGCGAAGCAUCAUCAAGGCGCUGGAAUCUUUACUCCUCUACAAGCUACCUUUUCGUUCGCCGAAUGAGUGUUUAAUCUUGAACGGAUUCCAUGUUCAACUUAUUGAAGCAAUGCGAGUGAAUUUGAGCAAAAAACCCGUGGCGCCUCAAAAUUUUGACAGUUCAACGAGUGAAGCACGACUUGCUUCAAUAUCAGAACCUCAGAACAGCGAAUUUCAAAUAAGCAACGGAAUUUCGACCGAUCGGGUUCCAUCCUCUCAGCCAACUUGUUCAUCUAUUUCUUCUGUUUCGGCUGCUAAUCGUGAUGAAAGCAGUGAAAUUGAUAAUCUGGGCUCCACAGCUUCUGGAGCUGUGGCUUCUCAACAGUCGAGUUCGACGACCAGUUUUCCCUCAUCCAGCAAACCUUCAACCUCACGACUGUCAUCUAUUUAUUCUGCCGAUUUCACUUCGCUUUCAACGCCAGUACUCGGUGUUUCAAGUCCUGUUUCCGGCUCAUCCAACGGUGAAAUCAACAGGAAGUUUCCGAAAAGGAACUCCGCGCCCCACAACAUGGAGGAUUUAUCGUUACCUGGACCCUCCAGAGAGAUCCCACCUGUUCCUGGAACUUCUGGUCUUUCCGGAUCAUCAGAUCUGGACUUCGCAGUUCCUGGGCUUUCGACUAGUGAAUUGAUGGCGGAAGAAGUUGUCACAAGAAGCGACAAUCCUUUUAAUUAUAACAAUGAGAAUCAAACGUUUCCGCCGAGGAUAAGCUUGCUGAGAAUUUUGGACAGUAACGGUCCGACAAGAACUUUGGCUCUCAUUGUUCUGGGUCAAAAGGAAGUCAGUGAGGAAAGUGGAAUCUCUGGCUUUGGGGAGGUGAGAACCGCUUUGCGAUUGCUGGUCAAAGCAGGGGUGAUCGAAAUCACUCCCGAAGAUCUUUGCCUCCUCACUGAGAAGGGACGCGAAAGGAUAAAAAUUUUGAAGCUUUUGAAUUAUUCCGAUGCUCUCGACUUCGAUGCUGAAGAAGCUUUUGUAACGAAAUCUGAUGGCGCGGUUUUGAUGCGAAAUCAUCCCAACAAGUUUUGGCUUCCCUUUAGUUCGCAGUCAAUUCCGAAAGACUUCCUAUGUCCGGAUUCCCUGAUGUUGCUAACAUUAUCGGACGAUGAAGCGUCUGAUUUUGCGCCUUUAACCGAUGCAAUUUACGAGGCUUUCGAGUUCUGCAAUCUGGAUCACGGGAUUAUUGCAAAAACUCAUUCUUACAAACCGGGUAAUGCUUGGAAACCUUGCGGCGCGAUCGAAAACUUUGGUAACGAUUGGGAGACCGACUCUGAGCCAGAAGUUGAAAUUGCUCAGGCUACAGCAUCGUCGUCAAAUCCAGAACAAGCCACUGAGAGCAGUUCGACUCAGGUUGAUCCAAAUCCAACUUCAAGUGAAAAUCUGGCAGACUUUGAAAUUCCUCAGUCUUAUUUUGAUGGUGAUCAAGAUGCAUUGGAGGAGAACCAGUUGGAAACUAGUCCCGGAAGUUCUGUUCAUUCAAUACCGAAAUCGCCGGAACCAAGUGGAAGAGGUAUUCAUGCAGUGUCGCCGUCUCCUCCUCCGUCGCCGACGUACGACCCUUUUGAUGCCUUGCUGAAUAGUGUAAAUGGAGGCAACAUGAAUAGGUUCGUUAGUCAUGGCUCCAGUGCGAGUGCGGAACGUUCUUCUUGCAUUGAAACAAAUUUCACUGAUCCAGUGAGGGCAUUUUCGCAAGAAAUUUUCGUUGCAGACGAUGAAAUUGACGCACCCUCUGAUAAAUCCGACGAAGAGGAUUUUAUGUCAUUCAGCGUCGAGAGUACUGGCGUGUCGAUUGUGGUUGACUGGGCUGAAACUGUGAAAAAAACCAAAACGAAUCCAUUCGUGUCAAAGUUGGAAUCCAAGGGCGCUUCUGUAGUGCGAAAACGGUUGAGUGUCGGAGAUUAUUUGUGGGUCGCGCACGGGAGCGACGGACCCGAAAGUGAACGUCUCCUGAGUCUUCCGUUGGUCGUAGAACGAAAACGAUACGACGACCUUUGGUCAAGCAUCAAGGACGGACGCUGGCGAGAACAAAAAAGAAGGCUGAAAAAGACUAAUCUCAAAGUCAUUUUACUCAUCGAAGGU